AUGUCUGACAACGACAACGCCGCCGCCAAUGGCUCUUCUCCCCAGUUCACCGAGCGCGAGCUACAGCUCCUCGGCUGGGCUAUGCAGUCCCUCAAGUCUGGUCCUCCAGAGAUUGACUACGAGAAGCUCGCUGGCUAUGCUGGUAUGAGCAACCCGCGCUCUGCUAGCAAUGCCUGGGCCAAGAUCAAGCUCAAGUUGUUGGCCCCCUCUGCCGAUGACACCGCCCCAGUCACUCCAAAGAAGAACCCUCGCAAGAAGGCUACUGCCACCAAGCAGAACGAUGACGGCGAAGAGGGUGCGGACGCUGCGACUCCUAAGAAGACCCCCCGCAAGCGCGCCUCUAAGAAGCAGGAUGUUGACGGCGAGUCUUCACCCAAGAAGAAGGCUACCCGUGGCAAGAAGAACUUGAGUGCCGAUACUGUUAAGGAGGAGUCUGACGAGGACCUCAACCCUGACGUCCGACGCAGCUCAUCUACGCAUAGUAUCUCAUUCCACAACCACAAUAUGGCGCGACGCAAUCGAGAAGCGAAGAGACUCAUAGAUAACGCAAUGCCGUCGUUGAUGGAAAACAAGUCAAGACUUGGUGGCAAUUAUACCACAAAUGCUUUAAUCUUGUUCUCCACCCCUCUUUUAGCUGUUUUCGCUUUGUACUUGGGUUUUCAGCAGCCACUCCUUCCUGUACUACGUUCAUACUUGCCCAGGCGACUCGAUGUGUAUCUUCCUGCUAGGUUGUGGGAGGCUACGGCAGCAGUCAACUCAGACGGAACUUUAGGCCCAGGGGAUUUACUGAAAGCGUGCGAAAGCCACCAAUACACGACCGAGAUCAUAUCUCUCGAUCCUCUCCUGAUAUACAUCAACAACUUCACGUCUGCGCAGGAAGCAGAAGAGCUCAUCCAACUUGGCUCCCCCGAAUUCGCCGAAUCCUUCAUCAGCCGUUCACGAGGCAGUACCCAACGCGUCACAGGUCGCACCUCUCAGUCUGCGCCCCUCUCUAUGGACGAUCCGCUAGUAUUGUGUCUUCUGAGCCGCGCACGAAAGUUCAUGGGCUCUAUGCUCCUUCCCUCGGAACCCUUCAGUAUUCCGCAACUCGUACGCUACUUCCCUAGCCAAAAGUACGACCUACAUACAGACUUCUGGCCCGAACACCAGAUCACUAGUCUCGAAGAUGGCAAGCAGGUAUACUUCAAUCGCAUCGCUUCAUUUUUCGUUUUCCUACGCGACAAUUGCACAGAGGGUUAUACGUACUUUCCUCUUGUCGAACCUUCGUUGCCCAACAUCCUGCAUGGUACAUACGAUGACAAGAUAGCGCAAGGUGAGAUGAAUGGAGAAGCCAAGGGCAUCAGAUUCAAACCGAUGCGGGGGAACGCGGUGUUUUGGGUUAAUCUGGAUAAAGACGGAAAGGGCGAUCGGAGGGUAGUGCAUGCCGGACUUCCGGUGAAUGGAGGAGAGAAGAUUGGGCUGAACAUAUGGCCAAGGAAAUACUUCGGAUAUGUGGAUGGCGGGGAUGAGGACAGGGAAGGGAUGGCGAUAAGGAACGGGUGGAGUGGGAGAUGGAAAGACUGA